AUGACGGAGGAGAAGAAGGAAGGAGUAGCCGUAGUCGCAGAAGUGUCGAACAAACAGGUAGUUCUAAAAGCUUACAUCACCGACGGCAGAGCCCCGAGGGAAGACGACAUGGCGGUCACCGUGUCCACGCUGCCGGAGCUCAAAGCCCCAAAAGGGUCCGGCGGGUUCCUCGUCAAGAAUCUCUACCUCUCUUGCGACCCUUACAUGAGAGGCCGAAUGCGCCCUCCUUCCCCUGCUUCUUACAUCCACUCUUUCCUUCCCUCCAGACCGAUUGAAGGGUUUGGCGUAUCGGAGGUGGUGGAUUCCGACAACCCCGAAUUUCAGGCCGGCGAUUUCAUCGCCGGGAUGACCGGCUGGGAAGAGUACACCCUGAUUCAGAAACCACAGCAACUGAGGAAGAUCAGUCGAAUCGACGGCGUCCCAUUGUCCUACCAUUUGGGGCUCCUCGGGAUGCCCGGAUUCACGGCCUACUGUGGGCUUUACGAGCUCUGCUCGCCCAAGUCCGGCGAGUUCGUGUUCGUCUCCGCGGCUUCCGGUGCCGUCGGGCAGAUCGUCGGGCAGCUGGCUAAGUUGCAGGGGUGUCAUGUCGUCGGCAGUGCUGGUUCUACAACUAAGGUUGAGAUUCUGACGAGUAAGAUGGGAUUUGAUGCGGCUUUCAACUACAAGGAAGAAGCCGAUCUUGAUGCCGCUUUGAAGAGGUACUUUCCUCAAGGGAUCGACAUCUACUUCGACAACGUCGGAGGAGAAAUGCUGGACGCCGCGCUGCUGAACAUGAGAGUGAAGGGCCGAAUCGCGGUGUGCGGCAUGGUGUCGCAGCACGGCGUCACCGAUUCCGGCCCGGGAAUUCGCAACAUCUCCAACGUCAUCGUCAAGCGGAUCAAGAUGCAAGGGUUCCUCCAGAGCGAUUACCUGCACCUUUACCCGCGCUUUCUGGACCACGUCACCGCGCACUUCCUUGCCGGCGACAUUGUCUAUGUUGAGGACAUGGAUGAAGGUCUCGAGAGCGCUCCGGCCGCCCUCGCCGGGUUGUUCACCGGCGAGAAUAUUGGCAAGAAAGUUGUUCGUGUUGCCCUCCCCCUGAAUCAUGAAAUUCAAUGA